AUGCCAGUUACUUUGCAUUGCCUUGCUGACGUCUGUUUAAUUCCCAUUGGCACGAACUCGGCGUCUGGAUCUGACGAAAUAGCUGCAGUUACUCAAUUGGCAAGAUCUAGCCACUUGAAGUGUACCCUUCACAGUGCUGGCACCACCAUAGAUGGUCCCUGGAACGAGGUGAUGGAGCUAAUUGGCCAAAUGCAUGAACUUCUCCAUAAGAGAGGGAUAGUAAGGCUCCAUAGUGAUAUACGUGUAGGAACAAGAACCGAUAAAUCACAAUCUGCUGCAUCUAAGAUGCAAGCAGUCGAAGAGAAGAUUAAACGCUUGGGAAAGGAUAAAGAUCCAAGCUCAUAA